CGCGCCUUUAUAAACUUGUCUCGCUGACUUUUGAACUUGCAGUUUGUCAAAGUAUUUCGCACUAGUGAGUUGUGUCGGUCGUACAGCAUCGUACAGCAAAAGAGAGAAUCAUCAUCAUGGCAACUAAAGUGGCCCAAUCGUCGGUGAGCCAUACGAUUUUCGAUCCAUCGGAAAAGCUUCGACCCGAGAGCGUGUACAAUGGAAAGUUGGAGAGCCAGUUCCGCGAUUAUACCGAGGAUUCGGACGAUCCGAUCAAGGAGAGGGUUCGCAAGACCUACUUGAACAUGCACACCCAUCAAACCGUCGAUUUCGUCAAAUCUCGAAUGGAAAAAUGGUUGAAAUUCGACAAGUGUAAAAUGACCGUGAAGGAAGCUUUAAUCAAACUAAAUGAAUUGGUCGACGAGAGCGAUCCGGAUUCGGAUCUGCCGAACAUCGUUCACGCGUUUCAAACGGCGGAAAAAAUCAGAGCCGAUCAUCCGAACGACGACUGGUUUCAUCUCACUGGACUGAUUCACGACCUGGGCAAGAUAAUGGCUUUCUACGGCGAGCCUCAGUGGGCGGUAGUCGGUGACACCUUUCCAGUUGGCUGCGCCUGGGCUGAUUCCAUCGUUUACAGAGAAACGAGUUUCGAAAACAAUCCCGACGGAGCUAAUCCAAAAUACAAUACAAAAUAUGGAAUGUACAAACCAAAGUGCGGUCUUAGCAAUUUGCUCAUGUCUUGGGGACACGAUGAAUAUCUUUAUCAUGUUUUAAAGCACAAUAAAUCUACUUUACCGAAGGAAGGAUUAGCUAUGAUACGUUAUCACUCAUUUUAUCCAUGGCACGCAGGGCAUGACUAUAUGCAUUUUUGUACAGAUCACGAUCUGGAUAUGUUGAAUUGGAUUUUAAAGUUUAAUAAAUACGACUUAUAUACAAAAAGUGCUGAUAUCCCUGAUAUUGAGAAACUCUGGCCUUAUUAUGAAAGUCUCAUUGAGAAAUAUAUACCUGGUAUCCUUGAAUGGUGAGAAUGUAAGUUCCAAAA